AAAGUACAACGGAGCCGUUCCUAGCGUGCAGCCUUAUCUUUCCCGAGUGAACACCUAGAUGGAUUUCCUAUGUAGUGCCUGGCACGUUACGAGGGAGCCUCCUGCUGCUCCUGAGCUCCCAGCCGCGCGUCCCGAUUUCUACAGUGGAUAUUCCUAUGGGGCCAGGGGGCUCUAGGCACUACAGGCUUUAUUAAGAGCUGGCAGUGGUUCGUUCAGACCUCUGAACCCCCCUCAUCUUCCCAGAGCUGCCGUGCGCGCUGCAGCUCAGAAUCCCCUAAAGCAUCAUUGUGGCUCUUCCUGCUCAUUACGCUCUCGGCUUAGAAUCAGUUCCCACGACUCCGAGUAUUCGCGUGGGCACUUGCGCUGGGGCCGAGCCCCAACGGAGCUGGACUGCGCACCGAGAACGUCAGCGCGCCGCCAGACCACAUGCACUUUGCGCUGGCCAUCUACGCGUCUGUCUGGAGGUAGAGCGCUUUGGGAAGGAGGCCCUUAGCUGCCUCUGCAGGUCGGAAGGUCCGGGCAAGCGGGGGUGAGAGGUGGGUCCCGGAAAGCACCCCAGAAGCGGAGCUAGGGUUCUCCCUUGGAGGGGGCAGCAACUGAGGAAAACUGAGAGGAACUCCAAAUGUCCAUGUUUGGAGUUCCUUUCGCCCUUUGCUUGGGGUAGGAGUGGGGUGGGGUGGGACAGAAUUUAUACUUUAGGCUUCCAGCCACAAUCCAGGUAGGGGAGACCCUCCCCUGGUCCCUCUGAGGGUUGCGUGAAGGUGUUGUGAGGGGUCGCUUAAGGUGCUUCUCUAAUUGAGCCAGAAGGAGAAAAAAAUGGGGGAGGGAGAACAAACCACCUGGGCACACCACCACCUCCCUUCGUAGUUGCUGACGCGCUGGUGGUGCCUAUUAAUCAUUCACCAGUCUAGAGCUGCGCCAGUUAAUGACUGUGCCGUGCCGGGCACUAGCCCCUCGGCCGCUUCUCCAAGCUCCGCUGUGCCCAGACGCCCCGGAGCGGCCAGAGGCAGCGCGCAGGCAACCGCGGGGCGAUGAGCCCCGCCGGCGCUGCUGGGAGCUGCUUUCUCCGCCGCCACCGCUGCGGUCUACCCCGAGGCGCCAGGUGGCUGUGAGCCGCAGGCGACCGGCCGGGUGUCUAGGGAGGGCGCGGGCGGAGGGGGCGCGAGAAGAACGCCCCAGCGCCCGCACCCCACCAGCCCCCGUCAGCUGGGAUGUUCCCCAAUGGCACCGCCUCCUCUCCUUCCUCUUCUCCCAGCCCCAGCCCGGGCAGCUGCGGAGAAGGUGGCUGCAGCAGGGGCCCUGGGGCCGGCGCUGCGGACGGCAUGGAAGAGCAUGGGCGAAACGCGUCCCAGAACGGGACCUUAAGCGAGGGCCAGGGUAGCGCCAUCCUGAUCUCCUUCAUCUACUCUGUGGUGUGCCUGGUGGGACUGUGCGGGAACUCCAUGGUCAUCUACGUGAUUUUGCGCUAUGCCAAGAUGAAGACGGCCACCAACAUCUACAUCCUCAACCUCGCUAUUGCCGACGAGCUGCUCAUGCUCAGCGUGCCCUUCCUGGUCACCUCCACGCUGUUGCGCCACUGGCCUUUCGGCGCCCUGCUCUGCCGCCUCGUGCUCAGUGUGGACGCGGUCAACAUGUUCACCAGCAUCUACUGUCUGACUGUGCUCAGUGUGGACCGCUAUGUGGCCGUGGUGCACCCCAUCAAAGCGGCCCGCUACCGUCGCCCCACAGUGGCCAAGGUGGUGAACCUGGGCGUGUGGGUGCUGUCGCUGCUUGUCAUCCUGCCCAUUGUGGUCUUCUCACGCACCGCGGCCAACAGCGACGGCACGGUGGCCUGCAACAUGCUCAUGCCCGAGCCUGCCCAGCGCUGGCUAGUGGGCUUCGUGUUGUACACGUUUCUCAUGGGUUUCCUGCUUCCCGUCGGGGCCAUCUGUCUGUGCUACGUGCUCAUCAUCGCCAAGAUGCGCAUGGUGGCCCUCAAGGCCGGUUGGCAGCAGCGCAAGCGCUCGGAGCGCAAGAUCACUCUCAUGGUGAUGAUGGUGGUGAUGGUGUUUGUCAUCUGCUGGAUGCCUUUCUACGUGGUGCAGCUGGUCAACGUGUUCGCCGAGCAGGAUGAUGCCACGGUGAGCCAGCUGUCCGUCAUCCUCGGCUAUGCCAACAGCUGCGCCAAUCCCAUCCUCUAUGGCUUCCUCUCGGACAACUUCAAGCGCUCUUUCCAGCGCAUCCUGUGCCUCAGCUGGAUGGACAACGCCGCGGAGGAGCCCGUCGACUACUAUGCCACAGCCCUCAAGAGCCGCGCCUACAGUGUGGAGGACUUUCAGCCUGAGAACCUGGAAUCUGGAGGCGUCUUUCGUAAUGGCACCUGCACUUCCCGGAUCACUACGCUCUGAGAGCCUGGGCCCUGCGCGGAGGAAGGGAGAGAACCUCAGGGAGGCUGAGUGUGAAGCGGUGGUAUCUGCAGCGGAGCCUGGGUGCGGUGGGGGUACCCCGGGGCUAGGCUCCUUCACCCCUCGGGUAGAGGGACCUAGGAGAGCCUCGAGAAGACCAAGGUAGAAUUAAGAGCUUUGCUUACAAAUUGAAAAGGCUUUCUGACCGCCUUCUCCUGUCCCCCACUUUUGGCUGGUACCUCACUGCGCUUGCUGCUCCGCACCCCUUUCCUCCCGACAUCCUGUAACUUCAGUCUUUCUUUUCCCACUGUCCUGUGCACAGCACCCAUUCAACGCCGCCGAGGUCGGUCCGCUGCCUCUCCUGCGGCUACUUCUUUUUGUCUAAACUGAUCCUUGGUGGCAGCCACGAGUUUCUCUCCGGGUGGGUUCCCGGCCAGCCCCCAGCCCCGCCCAGGAGCGCGGGCCAGCUGGCCACACUCUGCCUGGUGCUCCUUGCAGUGAUUCGGAAAUUACCGCUCUCAUUUUGGGGAGCUUUACUUGAAGGCAUGAGACUGAAUUGGGCAGACUUAAACUUUGAGAGAAGUCGCACUCAGAAGUGAACUGGGCAGCAUUCUUCCCUGGCAUGCUCCACAGCCCCUACUCCAGAGCCAGGUGCUUAGCAGUAAAACGGGUCUGUGGUUUGCACCCCAGACAGGCUCUGUGCGACCUACCCCCUUACUCCGUUUGAAGCAAAAAGGAGCUGGAGAACAAGCCUUUAUAGAAGAUCCCUGGGUUAGGGAAGGUGUGCCAUAGAACCAGUCUCCUUCGUGGCUGGGAAGGGCCUCUCUGUUUCAAAACUACUCCUUUCUAGAGCAUCUGUGUUGAGAGUCAGGGGGAGAGCACUUUCCUAGGUGGCCACACUGAAGCCAAGCAGCUCCCUCCCCAAAUUUCUGGAGGUGUGGACCUGACCUGGGAAUUGCAGCACCCUGGGUUUCCUGCUCCAGUUUGGGUCUACAGGGACAGGGAGUCAGAGAUCUGGGUGACAAUUCAGAGCCUUGGCCAAAGUUGGCCACGUGACCACAGGCUGCAGGCUGGGGUGCAGUCUGUCUGGCCUGUGAGCUUCACUGCCUUUCAAGCGGUGCCUAAUUAAGUUCCUUCCUUGUUUGAUGUAUUUAUUUAUUUAUUUAUUGGUGGUGUUGGAAAAUGCAUUUCUGCUUUCUUUUUCUGCCCUUGCCUAGCUCAGGCAUUUUCUUGGGGGACCCACUGGGUUGUAGUGGAGACUGGAAGAAACUUUUCCCCACUCUUAAGGCCUCCUCAGACCCUUUCUCUGCUGGUUCUUAUCUUUUCCUCCAGUUUUUCUAUUUUUGCCGUGUCCAGUGAAACUUGGAGAUUUUUUCAUAUUUUUCUUAUUGUAGCUGCUUGUCUUAUAAUAAUAAGAUAAAUGACAAUGUGGGCUAGCUUCCUCUCUAUGCAGAGUGAAAAGCCCCAAAAUCCUAGAUUUCCAGGAAACAUAUAAGGGAAGCAUCACCCUACAUUUGAGUGUUGUUGUGUGUGGGUAUGUACGUGUAUACUCACAUUAUAUAUAUAUAUAUUUGUUUAUCUGGUCCCAUUGUUAUAAGUCCAUGAAACAAUUUCAAGUACAGCCACUAACAGCGACAGGUGUGAGUCUGGCUGGAAAACUUUCAGGUUUAGGGGUGUGAAUAGCAUUCUAUCUGAAACUGAGAAAUCUAAUUCAAAGGCCAAUCAUGGCUGAGAAUGUCCCUACUUUUUCUAGGUUUCAGCAGAAACAAUUCUUGCAAUCCAGUUUACAUAGUCACUACAUUUUGAGAACAUUGGAAAUGAAAUGAUUUGUGCUUAUGUUUAAUCUUGCUAACCUCACUAGAAAUCUGAGCAGGGCAAGGACCAACAAUUUUACUUCUUUGUAUUUCUUGUAUUGCUUAAUAUGCUGGCUUGUACAUAGUAUGCACUAGAUACACGUUUGCUGUUUGUUGAAAUAAGUCAGAGUGUAUUACAAUGAUCUGGAGAUAAUAAUCUGGGAUUCUCAGGUUCUCUAUUGACAUGAUGCACAGUGGUUGAACUUGCUCUAGAAAAAAAUGUUUCCUGUAUAUUUGUUUCAACAUUGUGCUUUUCUAAAAGCAGUAAACAAUGUCUCUAAUGUUUAGUUUAAACUAAUGAACAAAUAUCCCUUUGAUCAGAAGUCUGAAAGUUUAGAUGUGUCCCUUACUAAUACUAUAUAUUAUUACUCUUUUGGAAAAUAGAUUUUUAAUGUUUAAGAACAGUGGAAUUUACAAAAUGAAAUCUUGACCAUCAUCCUCUUAACAGGAGACCAAUCUAAUGCUCUUAACUUGUUAUCAUUGUAAUACUAACUAAAUAAACAGAUGUAUGACACUA